ACGAUAACAUUUGAGCCACCCCAAGGCUAGCGAUCAUGGAUUUUAACGUGAGCGUUGCGAUUGUGCCGACGGGCCCGGCGGCAAACGCGAGUGCCGACUAUGAGGACUACUACCCGGAUCCAGACGCCAGUAAAAUCAUCAUCCCGUCCAUCUACGUCCUGGUGUGCUGCGUGGGCCUAACAGGCAACGCCAUGGUCAUAUACGUCAUUCUCAAGUACGCCAAAAUGAAGACAGCGACCAACAUUUACAUCCUCAACUUGGCCAUCGCCGACGAGCUCUUCAUGCUGAGCGUGCCCUUCUUUGCCACUUCGGCCGCCGUGCGUCACUGGCCCUUCGGCUCGCUCAUGUGCAGGCUUGUGCUGAGCGUGGACGGCAUUAACAUGUUCACGUCGAUCUUCUGUCUCACUGUGUUGAGUGUGGAUCGCUACGUGGCCGUGGUGCACCCCAUUAAGGCGGCGCGUUACCGCCGCCCAACCGUGGCCAAAUUGGUCAACGUUUGCAUCUGGGGGUUGUCCCUGGUGGUCAUCCUGCCCAUCAUCAUCUUUGCCGACACCGUCCCGGCUGAGGACGGCGCCAUGGACUGCAACUUUCUGUGGCCGGAGGAGUCCUGGUCUGAAGCUUUUGUGGUCUAUACCUUUCUUCUGGGAUUCCUGCUACCCGUGGGGGCCAUAUGUUUGUGCUACUGCCUGAUGGUGGCCAGGAUGCGAGCGGUGGGGCUAAAAGCCGGGUGGCUUCAACGGCGGAGCUCAGAGAAGAAGAUCACCCGCAUGGUGCUGCUGGUGGUGGCGGUCUUUGUCAUGUGUUGGAUGCCCUUUUACGUCGUCCAGCUGGUCAGUGUCUUCCACCGGCCGCCGGACCCCAUGGUCACCCAACUUUUUGUCAUACUCAGCUACGCAAACAGCAGCGCCAACCCAAUCCUCUACGGCUUUGUAUCUGAUCACUUCCGCCGCUCUUUCCAGCGCAUCGUGUGCUUCCGCUGGCUGGAGUCCGGGGUGGACGCCGAGCAGGUGGACUACUGCGCUGUGGCGGUCAAGGGACAGGCCACCUGUGCCCAGCUGGAUUUCCCCAAAGACUUAACAGCCUCCGAUACGGUGUUUCGUCACGGAACGUAUACCUCGCGCACUACCGCUGUGUGA